AUGUUAUCGUAUGAGCAGAAUAACGAUGUAGCUACGCCAUAUACGCUCUGCACUAAGUGUACGGCGGCCAUCAAUUUUAUACGAGACUAUCUCCAACAUUCAACUGGACAACUCGAACGUCCUCGACAUUCACUUAUCGCUCAAUAUCACGUCCCUGAAGUCCAGGCAUCAGGUUUAUCAGGAUGCCACCUCUGCUCAAUUAUCAGUCAAGCUACCUGUCCAGCCCACUCCCCAAAGGACAUUCUCGCAGACUCCGAUUCAGUGGUCCGGGUUCACAUGGCACGCAACAUCAGUGGCAACAGAGAUAGCAAAUCGCCUUUGAUAUUCCUUUCUGCCCAAAUGAAAACCUCCAAAGGAGAAUUACUUCGUGACGUUACUCUCAGCGUUGAAGCAGACCCCGACCGCUUCCCUGACAGAUCUGUUCCAGCAUCAUGGAGUUUUUCAACAUCGUCAGAUGCCACUUUCGACCUUGCGAGGUCAUGGCUGCAUCAUUGCCUUUCGGAACACAACCUCUGCGAGGAAGUGAGAAAAACACCAGCCUCUGCAAAAAGCUCCGCAUUCCCAACAUAUCUGUUACGAAUUGAGCCUGAGAAGGUGUAUCUCUGUCGUGCAAGAGAUGAAAAUGGCCGGCCUCGUUAUUUGACACUCAGUCAUCGCUGGGGUGGCAGCCGCAUCAUGAAACUGACUUCCAACAACCUCUCAACCUUUCUAUCCUCAAUUGACAUCAAUCAGCUUCCAAAAACCUUCAAGGACGCGAUUUUUAUUACAAGAAAACUGGGGUACGAGUACAUCUGGAUCGACUCGUUGUGCAUCAUUCAAGACUCCGCUGACCAUUGGAAAUCGGAGUCUGCUAUUAUGGGCGACAUAUACCGCGGAUCUGUCUGCACAAUUGCAGCUUUGGGCGCCACAGACGGUGAAAGUGGCUGCUUUAAAUCCAGGAAUCCACUCUGCUUCCAACGAUACAACUUCGAGCUCUUGUCUGGCCAAAAAGUUUAUAUACCUCCAGAGAAAGAGAAGACCCUUUUGAAUCAGACAGGCUAUGGGCCAAACGUCGAGCCUCUGCAUCAACGGGCGUGGGUCAUGCAAGAGCGCAUUCUUUCUCCACGAACACUCUUCUACGGAACCUGUGGAAUAUACUGGGAAUGCGUCCUGGGCAGCGUAGAAAGUAACGUUUCUUCAAAGAUGAUCCAAGGCAGCGGCACAACAACCAAAUACGCAAUUUACCAAGCAUGCACACUCAAUGUUACAGGUCGAUUCGACAUGAGCUACAAGAUGUUCUGGCAGUGGUGGACAAAGAUCAUCUCGAUGUAUAACCCAUGCGGGCUAACAUAUGGUACCGACAAGCUCGUGGCUAUCGCUGGAAUUGUUAACUUGGUACAGUCCAAAACUGGAUUGCAUUCCCUAGCAGGAAUGUGGAGAGAGUAUAUCCUGCCAGAACUUCUGUGGCACGUCGAACGCCCGAGGAGACGGCCUUCAGGCGUGUAUCAGGCUCCGACGUGGUCGUGGGCGUCCCUCGACUCUGAAGUCUCUCCUGGAAUCCAAGAUUUCAACUACACUUUCAACUGGAAAAUAGACAUCACGGACGCUGCGGCAACGCUGGUAGCGGAGAAUGGUCAAAUAUCUAGUGCCUAUAUUCGUGUGCGGGGGCCACUUUUGAAGGUUCGGUGGGAGAUUCCCGAUGAGGACGAGGAUGAGGAUGAGUAUAGCGGAUAUAAACUGCGCUGGGGCUCAAUGGUUCCGGAGCCAAACAGUGCAGACGAUCGAGUGAUUUUUCUCCCUGAUAUCAAACCAAAUCCCGGGACAGAUGUAUAUGCUCUGCAGGUUGUACACGCCACUUCAAGUUCAUCCUGGAUGAAAAUGGGGCUAGUCGUGGCAUUGAAAGCGCAAGACUCAGAUGAAGAGGAUGCUGGAGAAGAGGUCUGGGUCCGCGUUGGUUCGUUUCGCCAGUACGACUGGCCAGUGAACACGACGUCGUUUUUCGAAGAAGGACAGGCAGACGUUCAUGUUCAAGAAUUGAUGAUUGUGUGA